AUGGAGCCGAUGGAUCGGCCCAUGGUAGCCAAAGAGUUAAUAGGCUAUUGCUUCAAGCAAUCUGACAGUGACAUCAAACCCAUCAAGCCUCCGAUGUCUGACAUGGAGUUCCACAAUUACCUCGACAGCGCUGGCUUCAUGAUGAGACCCAACGAAUUCCGACUGUCCAUCUACCAGGGAGGGAUCGAACCCUCCUUACGACGAGUGGCGUGGCGGCAUCUGCUCAACAUCUUCCCAGCAAACAUGUCGGGUAAUGACCGUUACGAAUACAUGAAGCGAAAAGGGGAGGAGUACAGGCGUCUGCGAGAGGAGUGGAGAGAAAAGUUCAAGAGCAAUACGGCUACGGAGGAGGUGAAGUACGUGACUAGUAUGGUGAAGAAGGAUGUGCUCCGCACAGACCGCGCUCACGACUUCUACAAGGGGAGUCAAGACAACGAAGAUAAUGAGAACACUCUGUCGCUGUUCCACCUGCUGGUCACGUAUGCCUUGACGCACCCGGAUGUCUCCUACUGCCAGGGAAUGAGCGACCUGGCAUCACCACUGUUGGUCACUCAGAAAGAUGAGGGUCAGGCGUCUAUCUGCUUCUGCGCUCUGAUGAACCGACUGAGGGAGAACUUUACGGUGGAGGGCACAGCCAUCAUGCUCAAGUUCCGGCAUCUGUCUGAGGUUCUGGCUAUGUACGAUCCUCAACUGCACGCAUAUUUAGAGCAGAACUCUGCCGGAGAUAUGUUUUUCUGUUACCGCUGGUUCCUUUUGGAGCUAAAGCGGGAGUUUCCCUUCUCUGAUGCACUGUACGUUCUGGAGGUCAUGUGGGCGACGCUGCCACCCAGCCCACCCCAAACGGAGCUAGAAUUGGUUGACCCUGUCUACUCAUGCCGUCUACUGUCCACCUCACCUUGCACCCCAUCCUUCUCUAUCAAACAAGCCAUGUACGCCAAACUCCUGGCCAUGAGGCGGGUCGGGGCCCUGCACCGGGUAGCGCAGGCUGCCAAGCCAAUUACCCUUCACGCACCUCGGCCCUCGACGAACAACAACCUGAGCCUCGAGAGCUGUCAUGAUAGCUCCAACAACACAAGCGUCAUGUCCUCGUUUGACACGUCUCCAGGAGAUAUAGAAGACAAGGGAUCAGAUUUUCCAGAAGUUGAUAACGUUCUCACAAGGUCAUUGCAGAAGAAAUCCAGCAGUAUUGAUCAGGUUCUACAGGAGGGAUCUUGCCUUGGUGAUGAUGAUGAUGAAGAUGCUGAUGAUGAGAAUGAGAAUAAAACAAGUCAAAGUAGCUGUGAUACGGAUUCAGAUUCGAAAAAGAACAAUCUUGAUAAUCCAGGGAGUGGAGUUGAUUCUAGCCCCAAGGAAAAUGGCUUUGACAGUUUGGAUACCAUAGUGCCCGAGGACAGUGAAUAUGGCGGUGUCAGUAUGCAUAUACCCAGUAAUUCCAUUCCUAUAGAAGAGAGCUCGGACUUCCAUUUCACCAAAUCGAAUGGGGAGCGCACUUGGAGUGUGAGCUCAGCUGUCUCAGAGUCUUCUGAUGGCUCUGAACUACAAGCGCAGUUCGUUUUGUCAUUGGACACCAACAGCAACAAUUCGGAGAAUACUUGCGGACAGGAUGACCAGUCCAGCGAGCUGAGCUCUGUCCCAACAACACCAGAGACUACCACUAGUAAUGUAGUCUACAUCAAAGCGGAGGCACCUGCCAAUUCUAAAGCAGUUGUAGCCAAUAAUUCUGAUUCAAACUCUGGAAUUUUUCAAAGCAUGAAGCGAUUGCUGGCUUCGCCUAUACGCCGGUCUACUAGCCAUACGACACCUGAUGUUCCCACAUCUCCUGGGGCGUCUCCGAAGAAAGGCAUGCCUCCUAAACACGUACCCUCAGCUCCUGUUCUACAUGGUGUGUCUAGCAAUAAGGACGUUUCAGCCAUGGCCAAAAAUUACUCUGAUUCGCACCUCUCAGAAUGCCAGGAAGCCACCGAGUCAUUGGAGAGUUCUACAGGAAGUGCACAGACCACGCCAUCCAGCCCGAGUGCCAAGCCCGUGAUCAGGGACCCGUCGCGUCUUCCUCCCCCGCAGGAGUUUGGCUCAGGGAACCCCUUCCUUAUGUUCCUGUGUCUGACACUGCUCACCAUGCACAGGGACGUAGUGGUGCGCAAUGGCAUGUGUUACGAGGAGAUUGCCAUGCACUUUGACCGGCUUGUGCGUCGACACAAUGCGCAGCGUGUGCUGCACCAUGCGCGUCAAAUGUACACGGAGUACCUGAAAGCACAGCAGAACAAUGUGGAGAAGGAGAGAGAAAAGGAAGUGGAUGAGCUGGGAAUGAGCUGCUGAGCGUAAAGUACCCUAUUCAUCGUGCUAUGUUCUACAGCUCUACAUGUCUUUCUUAAGUUACAGUAUAUUGCUAAUGUGGAAUUUUCUUGCCAAAUUGUGUUUUUUUCCUCUCUUUUUUCAUGGUGGUGUUACAUCUUCUUCAUUAUCAUUAAGAGGGGUAUAUAUUGGGCACUGGUGCAAUAUUAAGAUCGCUGCUUGUAACAAUGUCUGUACAUAUUCUUAAGUCUAGUCUGUUGUUGGUGCAAUGUUAAUAUCUCAGAAGUAAAUUUAAAGUAUUCCUAAGACAAACACUGUUCACUACUGUAUUUAUUUAAUAGUAAUUCAGAGUUGUUUAUUUCUAAGAAAAAAUUGAAGCAUGUUGGCUGAAAGAUUCAGUGCUGUAGUGAUUACCCUGUAACAUAUGAAAAGCGUUCCCCUUUGUGCUUAAAUCAUAUUACUCUUGAAUUCCUUCACUGUCUCUUUUUGCCAUGCUCUUUGGGGUCUCCUGGAACAUUGACUGAGUGCCACAUAUGUCUCAGUCAGCAGUUUUAUAACAGAUGCUGAAACAAAGAUAGUUGCUCAUAUGUAUUGAAAUUACUAUAACUUGUGGCCAUUGAAAUGAGGAAUUUACAAUUCAAAGAAAAGAAAUUCAAUGAAUAUGUUGUGCUGUGAGCUAUAGCUAAGAUUAGCCAAACUGAAGAACCUCAUUUCAUAUUGUCAAAAUAAUACAUUUUAUCAUUAUUUUGUUAUUGUUCUCAAAGGUAUGCUACCACAUCGAUUUUAUGUUUCGUAUAUUCAUCAGUUAAUUAUUUGAUUUGAUUUUCUGCUAACCCUUCAUAGAAGGGAAUUGGUUAUCAAAAGUAUAUUUAUGAAUGGUUUCUCUCCUCGAGGCUGUGAAGUAUAUCUUUGCCAUAUCAAGGGAUAUUUUAUUAUCUUUAGGGCUUGUAGCCUAGUACAUAUUUUGUCUUUUCCAAUUUGUUUUUGUUUUUGUGUUGUGCUCUUUUUGUUUUCCUGCUGCAAAUGGUGAUGUUGCUUUGUGCAAAAAUCAAGAACAACUUUCAACAGGGAGGCAGGAGCAAAUUUUCAACAUUGGCCCUUUCCUGAACCUUGCAUCUAUUGACACUGGAUUAAAUGAAUCAACAGACUUGGCAAAAGGAGAAAGUCGCCCUUUCCUUCUUUCAUUGUAGUCAUCUGUACACCUCGUAUUGGUAUCAAGUAAAUUCUGAAACUUUGGACCAAACAAAAUACCUAGAUAUAGCAACGGGGAGCAUGUUGGUGCAGGUCCAUAGGGGGUCCCCCCCACCCCCCUCCCUCCCUCUCUUUUGCUCAAUUCACCUUGAUCAGUUACAGCAGUAUGGUAAGUUUAUCAAUCUUUUUCUAAGCCAUUGAAAUUUUUCUCAAAAUGUGGUUAUUGUCAGUUGUAAACUAUUGUCAAUGAACUUAAGCAUUCUUAGAGAUGGUACUUCUCAAUUCUCCAAUAUGGUCAGUUUUCUUUUCGUGAACUUUUCCUCACAAUGCCCAGAAUUAAAUUGUGAUAGAAGGUAUUUUGGUAUGUUGCUUCGUACUUAAAUUCUGAAAGCAAGAA